GUGUGUGCGUUUGGGGUUCUUGCUGUUGUGUUUGGGUUCACCGAGGAGGAAGAACCACUGUGGGGCAUAAGAAGCAGCAUGUCAGAGAAACGGAAAUAUAAGAAAUCGAAAGAGGAAAUCGCCCGUGAAUUCGAUUUGCCUGAGCGUAAAUCGAAAAUAGCAACAAUACUCAAGCAGGAUGAUCAGGCCUAUUGUAUAUGUCGCACCUCGGACUGCUCGAGGUUUAUGAUUGGUUGCGACGGCUGCGAAGAAUGGUACCACGGUGAUUGCAUUGGCAUCACUGAAAAGGAGGCCAAGCACAUUAAACAAUACUAUUGCAGGAAGUGUAAACAGGAGAAUCCCGAUUUGCAGACAAUCUUUCGGAUUGCGGCCACGGAAAGGCAUGCGGCAAAUAAUGCGGCCAGUACCAGCAAUCAAGCGGCAGGGGGCCAAACCCUGCCCGGUGCCGCUGUGGCUACGAAUAGUGGUGCCGUACCAACUACAGGUGCCCUAAAACGCAAAAACAACAGUAACAACAACAUUAAAGCUGGCAAACGUUGCGGUACCUGUGAAGGCUGCCGUCGGCCCAACUGCAACCAAUGUGAUGCAUGCCAGAUACGUGUUGGCCACAAGCCACGCUGCAUUUAUCGCAAUUGUGUGACGCAGGGCUCAAUGGUUGGUGUUGGCGCAGCUGCAGGAGUCGGGCAAAUGCAGAAUGUUGCACCAACAACAACGGUUUCAACAACAGCGGCCGGACGGAAGCGGGAUAAGGCAUUGAUAAAGGAACGCAAAAGUAAAAUGACACGCGCCGCCAGUCCAGAGAUAUUUAUAAAUCCCGAGCUGGAGGGGCUCCGGCAGUGCUAUGGGCCGAAUUGCCGUUGUCAGGCACGGCCGCAAAGUAAAUACUGCAGCGACAAAUGUGGUUUCAAUCUCGCCACGAAUCGCAUAUUCCAGGUGUUGCCACAGCGCCUGCAGGAAUGGAAUUUAACGCCCUGUCAUGCGGCCGAAGAGAAUCGUAAGCAAUUGGAUGCGAUUCGAAAUAAGCAAUCGAUGGUGCGCUUUGCUUUAGCGGAGCUGGAAAAGCGUGCUGAGGAGCUUAAUAUGGUGGUGGAGCGGGCCAAACGCAGCUCCAUUGAUCCGCAGCGAGCGCAAGAAAGUAGCGAUGUCGAGGAUGAGCAGAGCAUGUAUUGCAUUACUUGUGGCCAUGAGAUACACUCUCGUACGGCGAUUAAGCAUAUGGAGAAAUGCUUUAAUAAAUACGAAUCGCAGGCAUCCUUUGGCAGCAUUUUCCAGACACGCAUGGAGGGCAACAACAUGUUCUGUGAUUUCUAUAAUCCCGCAAGCAAAACCUAUUGUAAGCGCUUGCGCGUACUCUGUCCGGAGCACAGUAAAGACCCAAAAGUGAACGAUACAGAUGUGUGUGGCGCACCACUCGUCCACAAUGUCUUCAAUCCAACGGGGGAGUUCUGUCGGGCACCCAAAAAGAAUUGCUUCAAACACUAUGCCUGGGAGAAGAUACGACGCGCCGAAAUCGAUUUGGAACGAGUACGCCAAUGGCUCAAAAUGGACGAUCUGAUGGAGCAGGAGCGUCUGCUGCGCCAGCAGAUAACCUCGCGUGCCAACUUGUUGGGCCUUAUGCUGCACUCCACCUAUAAUCACGAGGUGAUGGAUGAACUGGUGCGCAAACAGCAGGAACAUUUGGCCGAAUUCGAGAAGCAGAAGCGGCGGCAACAACAGCACCAGCAACAGAAGCAGCAGGAGUUGCAACAGGAACAGGAGCGUGUGCUACAACAGCAGCAACUGAAAGUGCAAAAACAGUAUCAAUUGCAGCAGCAAUAUCAAAUGCAACAGCUACAGCGGCAACUCCAACAGCAGCAACAACUUCAACAGCAGCAGCAGCAACAACUCCAGCAGCAGCAACAACUCCAACAGCAGCAGCAGCAACAACUCCAGCAGCAGCAGCAAAAUUUGCAGAUGCAACAUCUUCAACAGCUGCAACAACAGCAACAACAACAACAACAACAACAACAAAAACGUGUGCAGCCAAUUCAUUUUAUUUAUCAACCGAAACCCCAGCAAUAGUUAACAGUUUUAUGAGCAGCAAUUCAUCUUUCUUAACUCUUUUGUAUUUUUUUUUAUAAACAAAUUAAUUUGUUGUUGUGUUGCGAAAUUGAUAAUUAUUAUUACUUACUUUUUUGGCGAUUGCCACAUAGGAACAGAGAUUUGUGCAACAACAAUUUAAAGCCCAAAACCACUUUGUAAAUCAUCAUACAUACAUAAACAUUACAAGUAUAUAUAUUUAUAUACAAGUAUAUAUAUAUAUAUGUAUGCUUAAGUGAUUUUAAUAUUUAUAUUUACAACUAACUAUAUAUAUUUAUAUCACCUCAAAGUUGAGAGAGGGAGAAAGAGAAACACUUUCAAUUAUAUUUAUUAUAUCGUGAAAUUGCAAUGAUCAUGUAUUCAUGACUUAAGUUUCGUCUUAAUCAUCGCCUAGCUAUAAGAAUUAUACACAUUGUUAAUAGUUAUGCACGAUUUAAAAUUAAAACGCAUUAUUAUGUAAGCUAAAAAGAACACAAACAAAACCCCUUAGCAUUCCCGUGAAAUAUGACGUGAAUGGUCGCAAUCUGCAAAACAUAAUUGUAUAUAUAUCUUAAUGACUUAAUUAAAAUUGUCAAGAACAUUUUUUACAAA